CUUUUAGCCGCGUCAUAUAAAGACGGCGUGAAACGUUUCUUCCGCUCUUCAUCUUUCCUUUUCAUUCUAUUCAUGUCUUUCGAUACCCUCAAACAACGCUACGAGGCAGCUGGUCAAGGCCAUCUGCUUAAAUUCUGGCCACAACUGUCCAAAGGCGAGCAGAGCUCUCUUACUGAUCAGCUCGAUGCGCUCGAUAUCGAACGCGUCAAUCGUAUAUACAUGAAGGCCAUCAGUGCAGAAAAAGAAGUUAUAGACCCCAACACAGUCGCUGAUUCGAUCCAGCCUUUACCCGAAGGCGCGUCAGAGUCUGUUACGAACGUAAUCAAAGUGAAGGAAUGGAGGCAAAUUGGUCUGGAGGCUAUCGCACGCGGCGAAGUUGGGGUCCUCCUUAUGGCUGGGGGGCAGGGUACGAGGUUGGGUAGCAGUGCCCCCAAAGGAUGCUACGAUAUCGGACUACCAUCACACAAAUCACUCUUCCAGUAUCAGGCUGAGCGUAUUGCCAGGCUGCAGACCGUUGCCGAGCAGGAGUGCAACAAAUCAGCGGGAUCGGUAAUCAUUCCCUGGUAUGUGAUGACCAGUGGCCCAACUCGUCGCGACACGCAGAAUUUUUUCAAGACAAACAAGUUCUUUGGAUUGAAAGCGGACAAUGUCAUCUUCUUCGAGCAAGGAACACUUCCAUGCCUUACGAUGGAUGGCAAGGUGCUUCUUGAAACCCCAUCUCGCGUCGCUGUAGCCCCUGACGGCAAUGGUGGAGUCUAUGCCGCUACUCGUUCUCCCCUCUCCGCCACCGACAAAUCUCACACCGUUCUAAGUAAUCUAGCGGAUCGAAAGGUCCUUUACGUGCAUGCGUACUGUGUGGACAACUGCCUCGUUCGCGUUGCCGAUCCAGUCUUUAUCGGAUAUAGUAUCCAAAAACAGGCAGACUGCGCUGCUAAAGUGGUGCCGAAGACUUCACCCACCGAGUCCGUUGGGGUUGUCGCUUGCCGUGGAGAUAAAUUUAGUGUCGUGGAAUACUCCGAAAUCUCCAAGGAGCAGGCAGAGAAACGAGACCCAAAGACAGGAGAACUCGCGUUCCGAGCGGGUAACAUUGCAAACCAUUUCUACACCACUGCUUACCUCAACCGAGUCGAGAGCUUCGAGCACGAGCUUGCAUUCCACAUUGCCCGCAAGAAAAUUCCCCACGUGGAUCUCGAGACUGGCCAGGUUGUAAAGCCCAAGGCACCAAACGGGAUGAAGCUGGAACUGUUCGUCUUCGACGUCUUCCCCUUCACUGAACGAUUCGCUGUGCUCGAAGUCGAAAGGAAGGAGGAGUUCAGCCCACUGAAAAACGCUCCCGGUACUGGUUCAGACGACCCAGAAACCAGUCGUACCGACUUGCUCACCCAGCACCAGCGAUUCUUGGAAAGUGCAGGUGCUACAGUGAAGGAUGGAGUGGAAAUCGAAAUUUCGCCUUUGGUGAGUUAUGCCGGUGAAGGGCUUGAACCUGUAAAAGGGAAGACGUUUUCGAAAUCGGGGUUGGUGGAGUCUGUCGAAGAGUUAGAUGCUUUAGUCUAGCUAUGGUCACGAAAAGGUAUGGGAAAGGAAAAGCUUCAGGAUAGAAUUUGGAACGGACCAUCAGUCGGCUUUGGGUAUCCAGUGAAUGUAUACCCCCUAGUGUAGAUAAAAAAAUAAUGUAAGGAUACUUGUCGC